AAUGACAAUCUCGACUUUCUACGACUUUCAAAUGACAUAUUCUAUAAAAUAGAUUUGUUUGGCCAGAAUUCACUGUUUUGCAAAAAUGUGUUUGCUGUUUAAAUAGUUCAAUAGCUAUUGAAGAACUGCGCAUAUAAAUAAAAAACGAUGAGAACCCGCAGCAAUUCAGGUGUCCGUUUGGAUUACUAUCAAAGACUUGUGCACAAGUUAAUUUUAGAUCAUCAGCAGCCAGUAACAGGAUUAUUUCCUGCAAGUCCUCACAAUGAUCAUGCGUGGAUUAGGGACAACCUUUAUUGUAUAUUAGCGGUUUGGGGGUUAUCGAUGGCCUUCAAGAAAAUUGCCGAUCAAGAUGAAGAUCGUGCAAAAACAUAUGAAUUGGAACAAAGUUGUGUAAAACUAAUGAGAGGUCUGCUGAUGGCAAUGAUGCAACAAAAAGAUAAAGUUGAAAAAUUUAAAAGUACUCAACAUCCAAUGGAUUCACUGCAUGCCAAGUAUUCAUCAAUAACUGGCCGUAUAGUGGUCAAAGACAAUGAGUGGGGACACUUGCAAAUUGAUGCAAUUUCAUUAUACCUUCUCAUUCUGGCUCAGAUGACUGCAUCUGGGUUACAGAUUGUUUUCUCUCUUGAUGAAGUUGCCUUUAUUCAAAAUUUAGUUUUUUACAUUGAGUCAGCAUACUGUACACCAGAUUAUGGUAUUUGGGAGCGAGGUGAUAAAACUAAUCAUGGCUUACCUGAAUUGAAUGCCAGUUCUAUUGGUAUGGCAAAAGCAGCUCUCGAAGCUAUGAAUGAACUUGAUCUGUUUGGUGCCCGGGGUGGUCCCUCAAGUGUUAUACAUGUUCUGGCUGAUGAAGCACAGAAAUGUCAAGCUGUAUUACAAUCUAUGCUGCCGAGAGAGUCAAAUAGUAAAGAAUUAGAUUCAGGGCUUCUGUCCAUUAUAAGCUAUCCAGCAUUUGCAGUAGAUGAUCCCCAACUAAUAGCUAAAACAAGAGAUACUAUUGUAACAAAACUCCAAGGGAAAUAUGGAUGUAAAAGAUUUUUAAGAGAUGGUCACAAAACACCAAGAGAAGAUCCAAAUAGGCUUUACUAUGAGCCAUGGGAGUUAAGAAUGUUUGAGAACAUAGAAUGCGAAUGGCCGCUAUUCUUUUGUUACCUUAUACUUGAUUACUGUUUUCAAGGAGAUAAAAAUAAUGUUGUAGAAUAUAUGCAAAAGUUGGAAAAGAUAAUGAUAAGGAAAGACGAUGGAAUGAAACUUGUUCCGGAACUUUAUUCUGUGCCCGUAGACAAGGCAGAUGCUGAGCAGUGUGAUCCUGGAAGUCAGGAAAGAAUACCUCUUGGUAGAUGUCCAUUUAUAUGGGCACAGUCACUGUAUAUUCUCGGAAAAUUAUUGCAAGAGGGUUUUCUAGCUGUUGGUGAACUGGAUCCAUUGAACAGAAGAUUAUGUUCAGAAAAGAAGCCAGAUGUGGUUGUUCAAAUUGUUAUUUUAGCAGAAGACAAUGAGAUUAGAGACAAAUUGUUAGAAUAUGACUUACAUGUUCAGACUAUAAAUGAAGUGGCACCAAUUGAAGUUCAACCCGCUAGAGUUUUGAGUCACCUGUACACAUACUUGGGGCGUAACAAAAAGUUGGGCUUGUCGGGACGAAAGUCACGUGAUGUUGGCAUACUCAGUACUAGCAAGUUGUACUCUUUGAAUGAUCGUAUCUUUGCAUUUACUCCUCAGUAUUCUGAUAUGAAGCGUUUCUACAUUGCUUCUGACUAUGAGCUGAUGGUCGAUACUCUCAAAGCGGAAAUUAAUUUCUUGAAGUCUUCUUGGCAAAACCUUCUCGGGCGACCGCUUGUUGUCUUGACUUUGAAUCAAAUGCACUUAGAUCAAGGCAAAAUACCGAUGGCAAUGAUCACAACUAUGAAAAAAUUGAAAUCAGGCUACAUUAAUGGCACUAGAGUAACAUUGGGUAAUCUUGGUGAAUUCUUGAGCACAUCGGCUAUAACUAAUCUGAGCUUCUUGGGCAGUCAAGAGGAUGGAUAUCCUGAUAAACUAAAUCCUCAAGUGCAAAGUUACCUAGAGGAACACUUGCUGAAGUCGUUCAGUAACAAGAUCAGCUUCCUGUCGCGUCCUGUCGGCGCGCGCAACACGAAGGCCCUGCGCCGGCGCAUGUCCGUCAGGGGCGCGAUCAAGAAGACACGCUCUAUUAAUGUCGACUCGGAAACCUUAGGCAUGGAAGGGGAAUAUGUGGGCCCUCACCUGGAAAGGAAACCGUCUUGGCUGGAAGUCGACCCGAUAUUGGGCCGCAGUCCUUCGCCCGAGGACGCUAAAAGGCGAGCUAUUACUAAAGGAACAUCGACUACUAGUUUGGGUGUAGUGCCUCCAACUAUCGAAGUGACCAAAGAACAAACUCCUUCGCCACCCAAGGAUGAAGGUGCAUUAAAUAAAAAUAUAUGUUCAGUAGUUCGUAACAGAACAAUAUCUGAGUCUCAAAACGUUGUGUACGCGGAGCAGGAGACUGACGAGUUGAUCGCCAUGCUGAGGGAGACUGAGAGCUUGGAUGAACAAGGAGAUAUCCUGCAGUAUCUCGUUGAUUCACAGGGCCUCGACUUUAACACAGGUAUGCUAGAAAACGGUAAGCCUGUAACAGUGAAGGAACUUCUGAAGGCUCUGUACGAGAAGGCGUGCACGCAGAAGCUGUGGGGGCUGGUGCGGCACACCGCGGGAAUGCUCGGCAAGCGCGUCGAGGACCUCGCCAAGGCCGUCACAGACCUGCUGGUGCGACAGAAGCAGAUCACUGUCGGCAUGCCGCCCAACAACGAGCAUACCAUCACCGCGCCCUUGCCGGAGAAUGAAUUACGUCAGCUUAUACAUUUGUCAUUUCGAAGAGAAAAACAUGACAGUGAAAAUAAAAAGGCGUACGGAGACGACGAGAGCACGGCCAUGUUGACUCAGGAGUUGUUGGUGUACCUCGCGAUGUUCAUACGUACAGAACCACAACUCUUCCUCGAGAUGCUGCGACUGCGUGUCGGACUUAUCAUACAGGUAAUGGCGACGGAGUUGUCGCGAACGUUGUCGUGUGACGGCGAGGAAGCUUCCGAGCAUUUGCUCAACUUAUCUCCUUUCGAAAUGAAGAAUCUAUUGUACCACAUCCUCAGUGGAAAGGAGUUUGCUAUUAACAGUGCAAACUCCCUCUUUGUUAUAAAAGAGAAAAUCAAUAAGGAUAAAGGACGCGGAAACUUCUCUAUUGUAAGUAACAAAUCGAAUCGAUACGGAAAGAAGUCACAAAUAGUAUUGGAAGGACAGUCCUUACAAGGCGGAAUUGAUGACGCGCCCAUGGUGGAGCAGGAUCGUCAAGGUCAGUGGUUGCGUCGACGACGUCUCGACGGUGCACUGAACCGCGUGCCUAGGAACUUCUACCCCCGCGUUUGGGGGGUUUUAGAAAGGUGCCAAGGGCUGGUCAUCCAGGGUAGAGUGCUGCAACCCAAUUUGACACAAGAGAUGACGUCAGGAGAGUUGAAAUUCGCUCUCGCUGUGGAAACCGUCCUGAACUCUAUCCCACAGCCGGAGUAUCGGCAGCUGGUGGUGGAGGCUCUGAUGGUGUUGACAUUGGUGGUCGAGUACAAAGCAGUCAGCCACUUGGGUGGGAUGAUCACUGUCGAACAUUUGGUGCACAAGGCCAAUCAGAUAUUCUUGGAGGAUCAGAUGCGAUGCAACGGAGACGCGACUCUGUGUUGCGCGAAGGCGGGAGGUGUGGGAGGUGCGGGGGGUGCGGUGGUGUGCGGCGGCGCGGCGGGUGUCUGCCAGCACCUGUACGACAGCGCGCCCAGCGGCAGCUACGGCACCAUGACCUACCUCGCGCGCGCAGUCGCCGCCCUGCUCGCAGACACCAUGCCGCACGACUCACCCAUAGAGUGCACCAUCACAUGAACACUGACAAUUACACCGAUUCAAUACCAAAAAAAACAUGACUUAAAAAAAUUAAAAAAAAUUGUUCACGGUGGCUGAACAGGUAAAGUACCUUUGCCUUAUUCUUAAAACAAGAUGGCGGCCGACAAUCCUGUAGUUUGGUUGGUUUCUGACAAAAGAUAAAGAUCGAUAGCUAUCUCGGAUGCAUCACCUCAUGUGGAGCUCAUAUAUCUCACUCUCAUGCAGAAUAUUUUAUUAACAAUUUAGGGUUUUUAAUAAGUAGAAAAUGACAUUUGAACUAACAUGAUAUGUUUAUUAUUAUACUAAUGUUGAACUUAAUUAAGUAAUAUAGUAAAAACAGUUAUUUUCUAUAAUAAUAAAGAAAAUUAUUAAACACUUGAGCUAUAUAUAUUUUUUUUUUGAUAAAUACGAAAAAGGUGGGAAGCCAACAAAAGUAUUAAACGCUUGAGUAUUAUUUCUAAAAUUGUCAUAUUACUUGUAUGAGCUAGGUCAUGUUAACCUUUUUCUUCGGAAAGAUAAGACCAGUUUUAUGCCAAAAUAUCAAGUAUUAUGAUUAUGCAUAUUUAUUUAACACCUUUGGUUGUUUUUUCUGAAAAAAAAAUGUAACUG